AUGAAAACGAAUGUUGAAAACAGCAAUGAGCUGUUAGACUCAGAAGUUGAUGAUGGCCAAAGUCCAGAGAAUACAGAUAAGGAAAUUCAUCGUCUAUUAACACCACUAAAAGCAGAAGAUGACGAAAUAGACACUGAAGUUACAAUUGAAAUGUGUGCUGGAUUUAAAGGAGAAAAAAAUCACAUAACUGACUCAAACACAAAGAAUGGAAGGUUCAAAACGCAUAGAUACUUCCACACGAUUUGUGUGUUUUGUAGUAUGUUUGCCAUAGGAUGGAGAAAUGGCCUGAACGGUCCUGCAUUUCCAGACCUGCAACUGAUUAUGAAAGCGGACCUAGGAAAAGCAUCUUGGGUAUUUACUGGCAUGUCCAUUGGCGGUCUAUUUGGUACUGUAACAAGUGGCUAUGCCUACGAUCGACUUCGGAAUCACCGUCUGCAGAUGAUGGCAUCCGUUGUAUUUGGGUUUGCUGUCACCACUGCUAUUGCUCCUUGGUGCGUUAACUUUGCCUCCAUGUUUGUCAUUCAUGUGCUGUAUGGGGUUUUUCAUACAGCUAUUGACACAGUUAUGAUUACUGAUGUUGCGGCAAUUUGGGGUGAAGACGCAGGAACAAACAUGCAGGCACUUCAUCUUUUCUUCAGCGUUGGCGCGUUUUUAUCGCCAUUCACUGCUGCUCCAUUUCUUGCUCCCAUACAUCACCCACCGGGGCCAAUAUGUAAUAGAAGCUUGAUAAGAGGAAAUGAUUCUUUCAACUUAAGCAGUAUGGGUACUUUCUCAUGGAAAGACGAAACAGCCAAUGCUAUUCAAGUUCCCUUUAUUGAUUCACCGGAUGAUAUCAAGUCUACUAAACAUGUAGCGAAAUAUGACAACGUCAUUUAUAAUGGCUCACAUUCUCUUUUGGUCAAAGACGAUGCGGAUAAGAAUAUUACAGCUGUGUUUAGUGACGGUUCUACUACGGAUAUUUCAAACGGUACAGGGGAUGUUACAUGUAGUUACGAAACUGACGUUUACUUUGGUGAAACAAAGAUUUUCAUAACUUACCUCAUUUCUGCAGGAAUAAGUUGUCUCUCAGCCUGUUCGUUUCUGAUUGUUCUAUUUAGGUUUGGAAGUAUUCACAGACAGUUACGGGCAAAUUUUUGCUCAAAUGAUCAUCUGCCAGAGAGAAAGAAAUAUAUUUUAUCCACAAAAGAGAAACAUUUGUUUACAAUUAUUUUAGCGUCUGUUUUAGCUAUGUACAAUAUGUCUGAGCGAGGGUUGUCUUAUUUUCUAAUGUCGUUCGUCACCAAUAACUUGUCUUGGACAAAAUCACAAGGUGCAGGUAUAUCAUCAAUGUUUUGGAUAGCAUUUUCCGUUGGUAGAUUUUUAGCAGUAUUUACUGUCAAAUACUUUUCGAAUACCAAGUCAUUGUUGAUAAACUUCGUUAUUUCCUUAAUAGGCUGUUCCCUAUUGUGGGUAGCAGUAAUUCUGAAUAUUGACGCUUUGGUGUGGGUUGCAAUAGCGUCCACUUGUUUCGGAUUGUCAGGCAUUUUCUCGUCCAUUUUUGCGUGGCAGACUCAAUACGUUCGACCACUCACAGGGAGGGUGGCCAGUUGUUUCUUUUUCGUGAUUGCCAUCUCUGCCAUUCCAUAUCCGGUGUUUCUAGGAUAUCUAAUGGAUACAUUUUCACAGAACUGGUACAUAUAUUCUAGUUUUAUCUUGUUUUGUUGUAUGUCCUUAAGUUUUGUUAUCAUUUUAAUCUACCAUAAGAUAUUGGUCAUAAGAAGGCAGUAGUAUAGGAAGGUAUUAAACCCACAACCUUAAAUCAAUGCAAUGAUGAGGUACUAGUCCCAAAUGCACUUAUCCAUAUUCGCUAAUAUCUAGAGUGUUUAUCUAAGACUUCUCUGGAAGAUCAUUAAAAACGACAGAAGUUGAUUACGUUUUGAAAAUUGUGUUUAGAACAGAACAUUAUAUUUUAGAUACAAGCACAUAAAGCUUAUGAUCAUCAAAACAAACCUCAACGGAAUGAGAGAGGCACGAGUAGUGAACAUUUCCAAAACAUGUUUAUCUGUCGCUUUACGUACUGUUAAAAAUAUGAUUAAAUGACCUAUUUGUCAGGCUAACAAAUUAUUUUCAAUAUAAAUGUGCAUUGUUCUUUUAAUAUCGUUCUUAUGAGAUGCAUGUUAUUGUGCAAGUAGUGUAUGAAGUAAAGUAGUAAGUACAGUGCAGGAAUAACAUUGCUUUUUUAUUCGGUAAUAUAAACAAAGCAAAACAGAAACUGUUUCCUCAUUACUGCCUUAUUUAUUUUUUUCGCUAAACUGAGGGAUUUUUAC